UACACCUCUAUUUAACCCUAAAGCCAAACUUGUUUCAAAACUUUUUCAGUGCAGUUCAGACGCAUCGACCAGAGAGAGACCAAGGUAGGGUUUGCUCUGCGCUCCAACCACACCAGAGAGAGGGAAAAGGCUUCUUCAUCAAUUGAAAAUGGCCGACGACGAUUACAAUGAAGUGGAUAUGGGUUACGAGGAUGAGCCCCCAGAACCUGAAAUUGAAGAAGGUGCAGAGGAUGAUGUGGAGAAUGCUAACAAUGAUGACCUUCCUGGGGAUGCCAUUGAAACUGAGGAAAAAGAAGAAACAGAAGCAGUAGAACGUCCUCGUAGAACUUCAAAGUUUAUGACAAAGUAUGAACGGGCAAGAAUCCUGGGCACGCGUGCCCUGCAGAUCAGCAUGAAUGCACCAGUAAUGGUUGAGUUGGAAGGUGAAACAGAUCCACUUGAGAUUGCUAUGAAGGAGCUUAGGCAGCGGAAGAUUCCCUUCACCAUACGCCGCUACCUGCCUGAUGGGAGUUAUGAGGACUGGGGUGUUGAUGAACUAAUUGUGGAGGACUCAUGGAAGAGGCAGGUUGGUGGUGAUUGAAGCUACUCACUUGGUCAUGGAGAUCUGUAUAUCAUUAGGAUUUUUCUGGAAGUUAGUAAAAUGGAUUUGAAACAUUUUGGGACUAGAAUUAUCUUUUCUACUUGUCAAAUUCGGAUAGAGACUUCCAGUGAUGUUACUCAUCUAUAUUUUUAUAUGUGAUCAUGAAUAUGCUAAAGACUAUUGUAUCUAAGGCGCCAAAAAAAAAAGGAAAAUGGUUAUUUUAUGUUA